AUGAAUGACGUUGGAGAUUACAUUGGCUCGAACACAGAAAUAUCUUGGUUGCCCAAUCUGGAUGACUUAAUGAAAGGCUACGCGCGGAACUUCAGGCCUGGGAUCGGAGGCCCGCCUGUUAACGUUGCUAUGGCUAUCGAGGUCACCAGCAUCGACCACAUCUCCGAAGUGAACAUGGAAUAUACAAUGACUGUCUUCUUGCAUCAAAGCUGGCGAGACGACCGGCUGUCGUACAAUCACACUAAUGAAACCCUGGGCUUGGACAGCCGCUUUGUGGACAAGUUGUGGGUCCCUGACACGUUCAUCGUCAAUGCCAAGUCCGCCUGGUUUCACGACGUCACUGUGGAGAACAAGCUUAUUCGGUUGCAGCCGGAUGGGGUCAUUUUAUACAGCAUCAGGAUUACGUCAACAGUGGCCUGCGACAUGGACCUUACCAAAUACCCCAUGGACGAGCAAGAAUGCAUGCUGGACUUAGAAAGCUAUGGCUACUCCUCGGAGGACAUCGUCUACCAUUGGUCGGAAAACCAGGACCAGAUCCACGGGCUGGAUAAGCUGGAGCUCGCUCAGUUCACAAUCACCAGUUACCGGUUCACGAGGGAAAUCAUGAACUUCAAGUCUGCAGGUCAGUUUCCCCGCCUGAGCCUCCACUUCCACCUGCGGCGGAAUCGGGGUGUUUACAUCAUCCAAUCCUAUGUGCCUUCCAUCCUCUUGGUUGCCAUGUCUUGGGUUUCUUUCUGGAUCAGCCAAUCAGCUGUGCCUGCCCGAGUCUCAUUAGGUAUAACCACUGUCCUCACCAUGACGACCCUGAUGGUGAGCGCCCGUUCUUCUCUGCCGCGGGCUUCGGCCAUCAAGGCCCUCGAUGUCUACUUCUGGAUUUGCUACGUGUUUGUCUUUGCUGCACUGGUCGAAUACGCAUUUGCCCACUUCAACGCUGACUACAUGAAGAAGCAGAAAGACAAAUUGAGGAGCAGCCGGCAAGCUGGAGAGGUCAACGUGAAGAACGCCAUUGUUAUGUUUUCCCUUUCGAUAGCUGGAGUCAACCAGGAACUUGCCGUUUCCAACAGGCACCACAAGGUCCCCAAAAACCCACCCGGGUCGUUGGGUUCGGUGGAGGUGGAAACGGGAGAGACAAAGAAGCGACAGGAGGCGAAAUCGGAGAAGAAGGGCGGCCUGAAGUCCCUCUUCAAGCCCAUUGACGCAGACACUAUUGACAUCUAUGCCCGAGCAGUUUUCCCAGCAGCCUUUGCGGCUGUCAAUGUAAUCUAUUGGGUUGCAUACACAAUGUGA